AUGGAUAUUGAGGCGCUUAAAGAACAAUGGUCAGAAAUUGAGGACCGCGAUGGUCUCCGUCUCAGCUGGAAUGUCUUCCCAAGCUCUCGAAUGGAAGCCUCGCGGCUCGUAGUUCCCAUCGGCGCGCUCUACACGCCACUCAAAGAGAAGACCGAUUCCCCAUUAUUGCAAUUCGAACCCGUCAUCUGCAAGCAACCGUGCCGAUCUGUCUUGAAUCCAUACUGCCAGGUAGACGUUCGCGCCAGACUUUGGAUCUGCCCUUUUUGCUUGUCUCGAAAUCCGCUCCCAGCUCACUAUAAGGACAUCACGGCGAAUGCUAUCCCUCCCGAGCUCCACCCGAAUAACACUACCAUUGAGUACAGACUGUCUCGACCUGCGCCAAGUCCGCCUAUAUUUCUUUAUGUCGUGGACACAUGCCAAGAAGAGGAGAGCCUGUCUGCAUUGAAGGACUCCCUAGUUAUGAGCCUGAGCCUUCUCCCGGAGAAUGCUCUGGUUGGUUUAGUGACAUUUGGUACUUUGGCUCAAGUCCACGAAAUAGGUUACACCGAGUGCCCCAAGUCAUAUGUUUUUCGUGGUAGCAAGGACUACACUGCAAAACAAGUUCAAGAGAUGCUUGGCCUGUCAUCUCCCGGUCUCCGACCCGGGAUGCAGCAGCAGCAACCAGGCCGCGCAAUGCCCCCUAUGGGACCUGCUGCCAGAUUUCUCUUGCCAGUCCAGCAGUGCGAAUUCCAGCUCACGAAAGCUCUAGAACAAUUGCAGAAAGACCCUUGGCCCGUCGCAAACGACCGCAGGAACCUGAGGUGUACGGGAGUUGCCUUGAGCGUUUCUGUUGGACUUCUUGAGUCUUCAUUUCAGAAUGCUGGAGGUCGAAUCAUGCUCUUUGCUGGUGGACCUGCAACGGAGGGACCAGGCUUGGUUGUUGGCCCAGAACUCAGGGAGCCUAUCAGAUCACAUCACGACAUCGAUCGAGACAACAUCAAAUACUACAAGAAGGCAUUGAAGUUCUACGACAACCUUGCCAAGAGAACGGCACACAAUGGUCACAUCAUCGACAUCUUCGCUGGCUGUUUAGACCAGGUAGGACUGUUAGAGAUGAAGGGGCUCUCAAACUCAACCGGAGGUCACAUGGUCUUGACCGACAGCUUCACGUCAUCCAUGUUUAAACAGUCAUUUGUUCGCGUGUUUGAGAAGGAUGCCGAUGACAACCUUCUGAUGGGCUUCAAUGCAUCCCUAGAAGUGCUCACCACCAAGGAGUUGAAAGUGACUGGCUUGAUAGGACAUGCAGUAUCGUUGAACAAGAAAUCGACAUCUGUAGGUGAGACGGAGUGUGGGAUUGGAAACACUUGUUCUUGGAAAAUGUGUGGCAUCGAUCCCAACGCAAGCUACGGCAUCUACUUCGAGAUUGCCAGUCAAGGUGGCCCAGCACAGCACCAGCAAACCCCUCAAAAGGGUAUGAUGCAGUUCCUCACAUAUUAUCAGCAUUCGUCUGGCCAGUUUCAUCUUCGAGUUACAACAGUUUCCCGUAAUCUGAGUGGACCAGCUGGAGACCCUGCCAUUGCGCAGUCAUUUGACCAGGAGGCUGCCGCUGUGCUCAUGUCAAGAAUUGCUGUCUUUAAAGCCGAAGUUGACGAUGGCCCGGAUGUUCUUCGGUGGGUGGACCGUAUGCUUAUUCGCCUCUGUUCUCGAUUUGCCGACUAUCGAAAAGACGAUCCAUCAUCAUUCCGGCUGGAGAAAAAUUUCACUCUUUAUCCUCAGUUCAUGUUCCACUUGAGGAGGAGCCAAUUUCUUCAGGUUUUCAAUAACUCCCCAGACGAGACUGCAUUCUACAGACAUGUGCUCAACCACGAAGAUGUCAGCAAUUCCCUAAUCAUGAUUCAGCCUACCCUGGACUCUUACACAUUCGACCAAGACGGAAGUCAACCAGUCCUUCUCGACUCUACUUCUAUCCAGCCAACGCACAUUCUUCUGCUGGACACCUUCUUUCAUAUCCUGAUCUUUCAUGGCGAAACAGCUGCGGAGUGGAGGAAAGCUGGAUACCAGGACCAAGAGGGCUAUGAGAACUUUGCAGCACUUUUGGAACAGCCAAAAGAGGACGCCAGGGAUCUUAUCACUGAUAGAUUUCCCCUACCGCGUUUUAUCGUUUGUGAUGCUGGAGGAUCGCAAGCACGUUUCUUGCUUUCAAAGCUCAAUCCUUCAACAACACAUACAACAGGUGCUUAUGGUGGAGUGGGGGCUCAGACCGCGCAAACCAUUUUCACAGAUGACGUGUCCCUGCAAACGUUCAUGGACCACCUGAUGAAACUUGCGGUCAGUGGCACAAAUUGA